AUGUUUUCCAACGCGAUUAAGCUAGAUAAUCUGAACGACUAUUACAACGAAGCGGAGGAAUGCAUUAAGCCCUUUUUGUACAAGUCGCAAAUUGUGAAUGAUGACGAUCUGAGCGAGCCAAACUUAAUUCACAUAAACAAGAAGAAUAAAGAAAGAAAGAAAAAGGAGAGGGGAGAAAUAUCACUGACCGAUUGCUUAGCCUGUAGUGGUUGUGUAACAAAUGAAGAGACUAAUUUUCUCAAAAAUCAAAAUGCAGUCGAAAUUUUAAACGAAAUUAAAAAAAAAAAAAUAAACAUCAUUUCCUUGUCUUUGCAAAGCAUCACAGCCUUGUCCGUACAUUAUAAUUUGUCCAUUCCCAAGACAAGGAAAAAGUUAUGUUUUCUGUUUAAAUCGUUAGGCUUCGAUUAUGUGUAUGAAUCCUCCCUCAGUGAGUUCAUAACUCUUAAUGAGAGCAAGCGGGAGUUUAUGCACCACUUUGCGCAGGCCACAAGGGAAGUACAACAAAACCAGCAGUACCAGAAAAAAGCCGAUGAUGCUUUGAGAAAUAAAAAGGACAAGCGCCUCAAAUUAAAGCGGGAAAGUAAAAAUGAGCUCAGGGGGGGUAAGACGGAGAAGGUAGUUACAAAUGGAAGUAUGUUAACAGAAGGGAAGGAUAACCAUGCGUUUGUCAGCACACGUGAGAGAAAUACCUCCCUUCCUCUCAUUUGCUCUCAUUGCAGUGGCACCGUUAUAUAUGGAGAGAAGAAUUUCGAUGAAGAACAGUUAGAUGCAUUUAGUAAGGUAAAGUCUAGUCAGGAUAUCCAGGGGGUUAUUUUAAAAAUCCUGCACCUGCAGAAGGGCAUAAAUGUGACUCUGCCCCUACUGGAAAAUCUCCCCCCCUUGAGUAACUUUUUCAAUGGGUACUGCAAGUACGAGUCGAACUUCUGGUCCAUUUGCAGAAAGAUCUAUCGAAGGAACCAUUGCCUUUUGCAAUCGGACCAAAUAAGCAAUCGAAGCAACGGUGUGACUUUCAACCCUCCAACGAUCUACGACAUCAACCAUGUGUACCUGCUGUAUUGCUUCGACAAGAAAUUAGAGGCGCACAGAAGUAAUCUCCCCCAACAGAAUUCCGUAAAUGAAAACAUGCUUUCCUACCUGUCUUAUGUCUCGCCACGGAUAUCCCACCAAAUGCGCGACACGGCCAACGCAGACCAACAGGAAAAGAGGAACUUUCACUGCGUCGAUGCUGUGCUCACCACGGUGGAGCUUGUCGAGCUGAUAAAGGACACGGACAUUGAUUUUCUGUCACUGCUAGAGAUGCCUGUUGAUAAUUUGUACGAUCUUUUGCGGGGCGCCAUGAAGGGGUUGGAGGUAGAUAAGAUGAAGGGGGACUCUAGCGGAAUUAAAGCGGAGGAGAAGUCGCCUAUGAAAAACGAUGAACGAACUGGUACGUGCAAUCUGUACGAAGUGCGAGAACUGCGCGAGCUGUAUAAGCAACUCGCUGAGUACACACUUCGGUGCGGUAAUAAGAAUAACAUUUCGAUGGGCUACGGAGAAGAAAUUUUCAAAUAUGUGUGCAGAGAAAUGUUCAAUUUUGAGAUGGACGAAAAGGAGUUCGAUCUGAAAUAUCACGACAUAGUGGUGUUGUCCCUGUUGGAAGACGAUCACUGCGUUCUUCGAGUGAUCCUGUCCUACGGAUUUAAGAGCAUGUAUAGUGUUAUCCGGAAGGUGAAGGAGGAGAAGGGGAAGAGCGCAGCAUGGAUAAGUCCACAAGGGAAAAGCUCACCUCAGAGUGGUACACCAUUCAAACCCUCCGGCGAGGUAAAAAAGUACAACGUGGAAAUUACCUACAAUUUGCAUUUCAAAGGAAGAAUCGACUACAUCGAAUUGAUGGCCUGCGAAAAGGGGUGCCUCUUCGGAUGCGCCCAGAAUAUUUUUUCGGAGCAUGUCCAUAGGCGCAUCUCUUGCCCAUGUUACAACUCUCGCAUUUUUAAAAAAAUCGCUCAGCAGGAGGUUAUUGAAAAUUUUGACUUCCUCCGUUCAGAUGGAAGAAGCGAUGAGCAGGGUCGUGGCGGACAAGCAGAAGAUGAAACGGAGGGCAUUAUCUGUGCUAGAGAAAAACACACAAAAUGUGAUCAUCACAUGCAGGAUGCAGAAGCCUCAUCGAUUAACCAAGGGGAGACACGAAAUGAUUACGAACUGUUUAAUCACAAAAAAGUGGAUACAGAAAAGCUGUUUCAAAAAAUGUAUGACACCAUGCAUAGUGACAAACUUACUGUAUAUGUCAAUUCCAGCAAAUGUGAUAGGGAUAUAAGUGUGAACACGUUUUUAAAAAACAUUGGUAACUUUUUCAACACGGAGACAUUCAACAUUCUUAAGACUUCCUUUUCUUCCAAGAAGAAGGAAGACAUUAUAAAUUGGUGA